CCACCUUUCUCCUCUUCGUGCUGUUGUGCUCUAGUUUGGAUUAGUAAGCCCUAACCCUAGGGCGAAUUGAACGAAAUAAUCCCCUCUGUGUCUGUAAAUCAUCAGGAAGCUGUUAUAUAUUUCGAGGCGCGAAGCUUCAUUAUAAGUUUCAAGAGUAAUCGUGAUCAUAUGCACUAAAUUCACAAGUUUGAAGAAGAUUAGUCAAUUGACACCAUGGUUGCUUCCAUUGCCGCCUCAGCUUUUUUCCCGACUCCAUCUUCUUCUUCAGCGUCUUUGAAGGCUUCAAAGACUAUCGGUGAAGGUCCAGAGUCAUUGAAUGUUGCAGGAAUUGUUGCAAAACCUGCAACAGCUUCGGGUGCCAUGCAGGUUAAGGUCAAUACCCAAGCCGUUCCUCAGCUCAAUGGAGCGAAGGUUGGCUUGAAAUCUGAGUUUCAGAAGGUUGAGGAAGAUGCUCCUUCUGGUCCGAGAACUUUUUAUAAUCAACUGCCGGACUGGAGCAUGCUCCUUGCAGCCAUUACAACCAUCUUCUUGGCCGCUGAGAAGCAGUGGACUCUACUUGACUGGAAGCCACGGAGACCAGACAUGCUUGCUGAUGCAUUUGGCCUGGGUAAAAUUGUUCAGGAUGGGCUUGCUUUCAGGCAAAACUUUUCGAUCAGGUCAUAUGAGAUUGGGGCGGAUCGAACAGCUUCUAUAGAAACGUUAAUGAAUCAUUUACAGGAAACAGCACUCAACCAUGUGAAGUUUGCAGGCCUCAUGGAUGAUGGCUUUGGGGCUACACCUGAAAUGUCUAAAAGAAAUUUGAUAUGGGUCGUGGCUAAAAUGCAUGUUUUUGUGGAAAAGUAUCCUUCAUGGGCAGAUGUUGUUCAGGUGGAUACUUGGGUUGGUUCAUCCGGGAAAAAUGGGAUGCGCCGUGAUUGGCAUGUCAUUGACUGUCAAACAGGUGAAACUAUAGUGAGAGCUACAAGUGUUUGGGUCAUGAUGAAUAAACAGACUAGAAAGCUGUCUAAAAUGCCAGAUGAAGUAAGGGCUGAAAUAGGUCCUUACUUCAUCGAGCGCAUGGCUGUUAUAGAUGAGGAUAGUAGAAAGCUACCAAAGCUUGAUGAUGACACGGCGCAGUAUGUGCAAGAAGGCUUAACUCCUCGUUGGGCUGAUCUGGAUGUGAAUCAACAUGUGAACAAUGUCAAGUAUAUUGGGUGGAUUCUUGAGAGUGCCCCAACUUCCAUCAUGGAGAGCCAUGAGCUUACAGGAAUGACUCUUGAAUACAGAAGGGAGUGUGGAAGGGACAGUGUGCUGAAGUCUCUGACCUCUGUUGAUAGCAGCUCCUGCGGGUCUGAAGCUGCCAGAAUGGAGUGUGUGCACCUUCUACGGCUUGAGGGCGGCGACGAGAUUGUGAGGGGACGAACACAGUGGAGGCCCAAGCGUGCCCGGGUCUUCGACAAAAAGGGGCCACUCCCAGUUGGGAGCUCAUGAAGAUGAUGAAGGCAAUAACCUUCAUGUUGGUUCUGUAUCAGUUCUGGCUAAAGGGAUUGGGAGGAUGAUGAAGGCAAUAAUAACCUUCAUGGUGCUGCUCUUGCUUAUUGUUCAUCCUAUUUCAUUAUUUGGCUCUACUUGUAAUUAAGCAAAAAGCUGUUAUAUUUGUUCUCCUUUAUUUUGGUUGUGUGAGACAGAUGAGGGAAAUUUAUUGUAGAAUAUGGGUUUUAUGAUAAGCAUGGUCUUUAAUUUUUCUCACAAAA